UGGAAAUACCCAAAAUAUUCCCAGUAAAUGUGACCCAAACGUUUCUUUUGAUGCUGCCACGAUGAUGGGGAACAACAUCAUUUUCUUUAAAAACAAGUAGGAUUUUUAUCAUGUUUUCUGCCUUACACUGAUGACCACACAUGGUCGCUAAUAUUCUGUUAUUUCACCUUAGGUCUGUGUGGGUGAGAACGACCCGGUCGACCUACUGGAACCAGCUGACAGAGGCCCGCGGCGGUGAAUACUUCCCCGGCAUCAGUUCUCCAGUGGACGCAGUGUUUGACAUCCCGGCCAAAGGCGCGGUCUACAUAUUCACCGGUACGGGCAGCGGGAAAUCUAGCUCAGUAAAAGCCUCGUCAGCAUGACACAGCUGGAUUAAGAGGAGAACGCAGAGCUGCACACAAAUUACAGCCUUGUGCAACCUGAGUGUUGCACUUCCUGCGUGGACUCUGGCCGUGCUUUGUGGUGUGUUGCUGUUUUUCACCGCGUCCCAAAAUGAUGCAGUGACAGGGUUGUGUUUUCUCCAGGUCAUAAGUACUGGGUGGUUGAACAGCCUAAGAAGGAGAACGGUCGCCCCGGCUCCAUCUACGAGUACGGCUUCUCCCCCAGAGUCGGGCAGAUCGAUGCUGCCGUGCACAUCGGUGAACGUGGAAAAACCAUGUUCUUCACGGGAGAGGUUUAUUACAGGUACGAUGAAAAGAGGAGACGAAUGGACCCCGGCUACCCCAGACCCAUCCACACCGACUGGCCUGGAGUUCCGACGAGAGUCAACGCCGCCUUCAGGUUCCAUGGCAGCGUCUUCUUCCUCUCUGGGAUGAAGUCGUACCAGUUUGACCUGAGGAAGAACCAGGUGGUGAAGGUCAUCCCAGCGAAUUCCUGGUUGGGAUGUUGACACUGUUCAUACGCUCCUGGUCAUUUAUCCUCAACUGAAGGAUGAAUAACCUUUAUAGAAGAGAAAUAUUGUCAUUUUGGAAACUUGUUUAUUCGACUGGGUUUUUUUACGGUUAACAUUUGGAGCAUGUAAUGUGAGCAUGUAGUGUAAUAAUAUACCACAGAGCAAUGUUUGAGUUUGAUGAUGCUUCAAUAUCUGUCCAAUAUUUGUGAAAGGAUCUGAGAACCAUGUAAUAAUAAUGUUAUUAUUAAACACGUGAAUAAUAAUGCUAAUCUCCUCAGACACAUUUUUAGUAUUAUUUAUAUAUAUAUAUAUAUACAGUAUAAUACCGAUAAUAAUAUUAAUAAUGGUCACACAGUGGAAAAUGGUUGUCACCCUUGCCUUACAGCACAAAUGGGUCAAUGGUUCAAUCAGUAUUUUUUUUUUACUGCUAAGUGAACUCUAUAUAUUUAGUUGAAAACAAACGAAGACUUUGUUAAAAUGAUUGAUCUGCUCUGCUUUGUCUAAACAUUUUCUUCAGAUUCUCUUUCCAGACUCUUAUCAUAUCAAUAUCAACCAGUGUUAAAGUGACACAGGUUUUUAAAACAAAAUCAUUUUAUACUUUAAAACAGAAACAGACUAGAAUUCAACCGUCUUCGUUGUCACAUUAGUUCACAUCACUCCUCACCUCUGACAUUCCUUCUGUGAGUAACUCUGUGUUCGUGUUUACACUUCAGACUGAACUGUGGCCGGUGUUCAGUGGAGGCUUUGACAGAAAGGUUCACGAGGAGAGCC